AUGGAGAAUUACAUACUGUACGAUGAAGUUGGUAGAGGAGAACACUCUGUGGUUUACAAAGGUCGUAAGAAAGGAACAAUUGAAUUUGUAGCGAUACACUGUGUUGAAAAAUGCAAGCGACUGGAGCUUCGAAACAUUGUCAGACUGACCCACGAGAUGGAUCAUCUAAAUGUUGUCAAAUUUCGUGAAUGGUACGAGACAACAAAUCACAUCUGGAUGGUGGUGGAGUUAUGUACAGGAGACAGUUUGGACGCCGUCCUGUCUCAAGAUAAAUGUCUACCAGUGGAAACUGUCAGGCAAUUUGGAAUUGAAAUUGCAAAAGCAUUGUACUACAUUCACUCCCUUGGAAUUCUUUAUUGUGAUUUGAAACCAUCAAGGAUAAUGCUCGAUGGAGCAGGUGUCUUGAAGUUCAGUAACUUUGCACUGGCCAGAGUUGAAGGAGAGGACGACUUCUAUGACAGUUUACAAGAAGAACAAAAUUCUGACGACGAGGACAAAAAUUAUAGAGAUACAGAGAAGGAUCAAAGCCAGCGACCCAAACCUUCACCCCACUACAUGGCCCCUGAAGUACUCAGUGGGGGUCCUCAUUCUAAAGAAAGUGACCUGUGGUCAUUUGGGUGCGUGUUGUAUGAAUUGUUUUCAGGAGAAAAACCUUUUGUUGCAGAUUCUUUUGCAGAACUUGUCACAAAAAUUUUUCACGAAAAUGUUCCUCAUCUGAGAUUAGACAUGGAAGGUGCAAAAAAUGGAGCAUUACAUGGCCUUGACAAUGUAAUAAAAAGACUGUUAGAGAAAGAUCCUACACAGCGUUUAGACUGGAAAGAUCUGAUAGUACACAGCUUUUGGCAAGGUGAAUUAGAAAAUCAGCUUAAAUCUGCUGAUGAAAUCAAAGGGGAAGCAGAAACUGAAGAUCAGCAAGAAUUAAAUGAUGAAGGGAAGAGUGAAGAUUUACACUGUGGAAAUGUUGGAGAAGAGAAAGAACAUGUCAAAACCAAGAGUGAUCAAUUACAUCUGCCAGCACAGAUCGUCAGGCAGGGAACAUAUACCUUCAGCAGCAGGCCACAUACAGCUGAUCCUGCUUCAAGUAGUAAGGAAAAUGAAUCUCUAGGCAAAACCCAUACAGUGGUCAGAAGAAAAACAUUAGAUGAUCAAGAUGAGAGUGAGUCCAACUCAACUAAAAAUGCAAAAAGAGAUUCAACAAAUGUAGUUUUUGGAACUUCAGAAUCAAAGAACAAUAAGUCAAACCUGGUGAAACAAAAUCGAACGUUCAAAAAAUCAGACUUCAAUAAGCUGAAACAGAAUGGACUUAAUCAAAGUGAAGCUCAGGAAUCUACAAGUUCAGUACUUCAGGAUCAGCAGGUUAAAGACAACAGAAGUCCAACUCAUAACAAAAUUUCAGAUUUAGUGAGUCAUCCAUCAGAUUUUAUUGUGACACCAAUUGCUGAUAACCCUCGCAUAAAGAAAUUUUCCCUUCCCAAAUGGGAUUCAAAGGCACUACCUUGUCAACCUCUAAAACCAGGAGAGCUUGUGGACCUUCCAAGAGAAAAAUUUGAAGAGCAUUUAACUUCCAUUAGCAGUUUGUUGAGUCAAAAUGACAGAGCAAAUGCUGGCCCUGUUGCCUCUCUUCACCGAAGCAAAUUACACACAGCAUCUUAUUUGGCAUCACUGUGCCGAGAUGGAGAGAUUGUUAAUGAAGUCUUUGAUUCAGAUUUUAUACCAGUGAUGCUGAGACAGAUCAAGUCUGGUUUUUCAGCUGAUUUCAAAUCAAGACUUGGUAAGUGUCACAAACAACAUGUACUACCCAUACCCCAUUUUGAGUAUGAUAGUAUGUUUCUAAGGUCUGUAAACUCUGCCAAGUAUAUUCCUGCGCCCAGUUUUUCAAAGGCUAAUUGGGGCAAAGCCAAGGUUAAAUUUUCAUUCAGCUUUCUUUCAUUCCUUUGUUCAAAAGCCUUUUCAGGAUAUUUUUCUGUAUUCUUUUUAAAGCACCUAAUACUGUAAUGAAAGUUUAGACAAAAAGAAUUGUAUUGAAUUUUCUUUGAAAACCUCCAGAUCUGAAUUAAGAUCAAACAUUAACCCAGGAUUGUCUGCCUAGCUUUGAACAACCUGCCCUGGCCAUCAGCUAAUAGAAGCAUACAGUUGUUAGUUUUCUGCAUAACAGAGAUUAAAAGUUUUAGUCUAUGUACCCAAUGCCAAGUGGUUUAUUGAAGCAUUACUUAACCCCAGUUUCAAUAGCAUCGGAUGAAUAAACCCCUACACUCCCGAGAGUGAUCAAUACUUGAUUUCUCCUCAGAAUUGUAGUACAAUGUCAAACAGACUGGUAGAGAGAUAAGGAAAAUUUCAAGCCAGUGGAUAUUGUUUGGGUUCACACCAAAUUCCUAGGAUUUGCAAUAAAUGCAGGGGUCUCCAUGAAAGCUGGUUACUGGCUGUGUCUUCCUUGGCCUGUAAGCCCGCCUACUGUGGUCUGUUUAGCUUGCAAGUAGGCUCUCAUGCCUGCAUUUUGCUUUUGGGGCCUUUGUAGGGCACUGGUACCUAUUAAAUCAUUGGCAGCCAUUUAUGGAAAAAGGUAUCAAAACUCCUAAAAUGAUGAAUUGAUAAUUUUUUAUUGUUAUUUGAAAGGAUAUGCUCUCAGUCUUUUAGCUGGUAAUGCUACAAUGAUUUCUGAGGACUUCAACAUGACAGAAGUGUUCACAGUAUUAACAGAGGUGAUCAGGGACAACUUUCGGAAUGCCAAGCUCAAGCAACAUCUUUUGCCUGCCCUGGGCGAGUUUCUGUUUUAUGCUGCGACUCAGGAGGAAAAUUUAGGAGGUGAAAUUCCACAGUGGGACGUUCCAGGUAAUGUGUUCAGAGGGUCAGCCUCAUACAGAUAAGGUAACUGCAACAGGCCUUCUUUAAGCAUUUCGGUGUUGCUGUUUUUAGUUGUCAGGUACAUGUAUGUAAACGUCUGAUUAUGGAAAUGCAAUCAAACUUGCCCUAAUUACACGCGUCACUUUUAUUAGUCCAGUGUUCAAAUAAUGACAUACAGAUGGACAAAGAAUUUGAAAGGAUCUGUAGGCAAACAAUUGAAUGCAACGCAAAUAAACCAAAUCUUCCAUCGGGGGUUUAUUACAAACUAACAAAAUUACCAGCUCCCAGCUGGCUUGUUAUCUCAGGUUGUAGAGCACUGCAAUGCUAUUGCAGAGAUCAUGGGUUUAAAUCCCGUACCGGUCUGAAUUUUUUUCAGGCUUUUAUUUUCACUACUGAAAAAUAUAAAUAUAUGACUAUAAAUUAUAUGAUUUUCAUAUGUUCAUAGUCCUUUUCUCAUCUUGUGGUAUUGUUCUACUUCGUGUUCGUCAAAUGCCGAUAAAUAAAUUUUGAAACUUAACGGACGUAGUCUAGUGGUUGAAAUCUGCAGACAACAACACGGACAUGAAUCUCAACGUACUUACUUUAAACCUCUGGGAUGGACAUCCAUCGUUCUGAGCGAAACUCAUUCUGUACUCAUUACUCAGUUCUUUCAGGAUGCCCUUGAAGUGAAAAUUGGAAGUAUGUCGUAGUUUUACUUCCAGGUAUAUACGGAGGCGGCAAAUGUACCUUGCAAUUACAACUUGGUUGUAUUUCCUUUAGGAGUCACAUUCACUAUUGUCACCAGAUGUCUACAUGAGGGAGAAGAUAUCGCGGUGCAGCACUUUGCUGCUAAAGCCAUUGAGAACGUGGCGUCAACCCAUGGCAGACAUUGCACGAAAUUUGCCACAAAUGACACAGCUCAGGUAAAAACUAAAUAAACGUUGAAACUAAGAGGAUUAGAACCAGUCAUGGCUGAUCAUCGGAAUAAAUCAGAACUGAAGUAAUUACGAAAGCCAAUCAAGAUUCGGAGUUAACUAAUUUACUCCUCGAGAACUGAGUGGCGAUUGAUUGUGUUAAUUGCGAGAGAAAACAAUUUAAUCGCAAAAAGGUACAAUUGGGAUAAUUUUCUUUAAAUACAUAGUUAUGAUGAUAGAGCGUUAUCAACAAACAGGUCAUGAGAAUGAACUAAAAAAUCAGGUAGAUGGUGUUGUCCUGAUAGAAGUGAGGUUUACAAAUCAUAUCUUAUUUUAUCGUUAUCUUUGCGCAGCUUCUUUGGAAUUUCUUCACUCACUGUACCAUUGAUGCUCAGAAGGUGACAGCGAUUUCAGCGCUCAGUCGCUUGACAAUUAACUCACCUACAGUCUUCCAACAUGUGAUUGAGAAGGCAGGUUUUAAAGCAGUAAGCACAGCCUUGGCCAGCAGCAUUCCUAAGAUCCAGCAAGGUUUAGUUACAAUGUUCGUCGUGCUGCUUUCUAACAGACCUCAGAUGCGAAGGCUUGUUCAAGAACGAGACCUGGCUACCAAGGGUCUUCAUCUGUUUGAGAGUCCAUCCGUGGUUAUCCGGGGAAAGGCCUUCCUUCUGGUCCUAACCUUGAUCCAGUCCAGCCCGGAAGCCCUCCUCAUGUGCUGCCAGUCCCGGCUGGUCAUGUACAUCGAGCGGCAGCUAAAGAGAGGUACCCCAAUUAAAGGCGAGAGCCGGGAGAAUCGAGACUAUCUUGUGCAGUGUCAGAAUAUUUGCAUGUCCGCCAUCGUUGAAGCGGUACCCGGGAUCCUGUUGGAUGUGUUGGCGUCUCUGGAUGCGGUUCAAGGAAGGAAGCAUCCCUCGGCGAGUCACGCCAAGCAGCUGCGGACAAACCUUCCACUGUUGUCCAUCAUUCUGCACCUCGUUACAAGUCACGCUUUUCGUUCUCAAGUAACAAAUGAAGAAUUUCUCGUCAAUGUCGGCUUGCUUCUGUCGCAUGUGACUUCAAUUGAUUCUGGAAGCACCAGCAUUGGAUCAGCAGCGGGACCGAACGCAGCAGAAGACCUUAUCAGCGUGGUGUUGUCUAUUGCGGAAGCAAUCACGCAACACCCUCCUAUACUGCUGGAGUAUCACGCUGUUGUCACGCAACACAUCCUGCCUCAUCUGGCUGCUCUGAUGAGCAGUACAAAUGGAGAUACACGAGUGUUAAGCUUCAGAAUGUUUGCCGAUGUAGCGUCGCUGUAUCUUGAUAACCAUAAUGUGUACAAUUCCUCCAGUGAUGUUGAAGAUGUGUUGAAAAGUACCAGCAAACUAAAUGAGGUGAGAUGCUCUCUCUUCCUUAGAGUUUUUCUGCAUGGAAGAGUUCUUUAUUGUAAUUAAUUACUGCACUUUCCUUUUUUAGUCCAAGCCUUAAAUUCAUCUAGUGGAAACAUUUUGCGUCUGGCGUUUUUAAAGAAGGUCUCUUUUUAAGUGGUAAUGUACUUGUUGUCAUUGAUUUCUCGUAGGUUAUUAAUAAUCACUUACUGCCUCAGUAUCAUCUCAUCCUGCAAGACCAAGAUCCUUUACCAGCAUAUGGUCUUAAACUGUUGCUAUCUUUCUUGGAAAGAAGCCCCGACAUCAUCCACACAGUUGUGGAUCAAAAGCUUCUUCUUACCAUGUCCCAGAUCCUACAGUCCCACACCGACCGAGUCGACAGGGGAAUGGUGCUGAGUACAGUUGGUUUACUGGACUGUUUGGUUUCUGCCAAAGAUGUUGACGUUUCUUUGUUAUACGACCAAGGUUUAAUCGAUAUCCUCGUUUCCGUUUUCGUUGACGUUGCGUCGGCACAAAACGAGGAAAAUUUUACUGGAAAUGACCCCUCAGUGGCGCUGUUGCUUCCCCUUUUCGAUGCUUUGAAUAACACGUUGAAAUUCGUCUCCAGAGAAGUACGCAAAGCUCUGCAGGCGAAGACUGAGGCGAGACCAGACAACGAGGCUCAGACGCAACUGGCGGAGAAGCUCCUUGUGGAGAGUAAACCGCUGGUCGACAUGACUGGCUUGCUUAUCAACUUUCUCUGUCACGAGGACCUGGAUGUGAGAGACAGUUCUUGUAGGUGCUUGUAUCUAAUGGUGGAACUUUUUGGAGGGAUUUAUGAGGAUUCUCUAAGCGAGGAAAACAUGGAGUGCUUUGCGGAGGCUUUGAGCGCCGCUGACGUUAAGAAACAAAAACAGCUUUUACGAAUUAUCAAACGAUUAGUUUCUCCCAAUAUAGAGAGCAAUUAUUUGGAAGGAAACAGUCUCAUUCAUGUUCUGCAAGGACUGCCGACUUCAACGGACUCCUUCAGCGCAGAAGGAUCGGCUGUUGAAAGCCUCGUAGGAGAAAUUCUUCUCAAAUUCGGCCAUGAUAAUUAG